UUCGUGAAUAUCAAAAUUCAAAAAAAAAGGAAAGAACAAAAAGGAACAACAUCAGAGCAGAACAAAGCCUAGGCCUUGACCCUUGGACCUCUCCCUCUCUGUGCAUCUCCUCUCUCAUCAUCGUCUCUCUCUCUGCCUGUGCUCUUAAUCUAUACAUACACUCAUAUAGAUAUAUAUCCGGGCCUAUAUAUAUUUAAGGAUAUUGCAGACGGCGCAAUUGAUUUAAGGAUGAUGUACGGAGGCUCGUCAAAACUCGGACGCGGAGGAGGUAGAGGCGGUGGCGGCGCCAGCGCCGGCGGACCGCUGCGUGGCCGGAGCUCCUUCCCUCUUUCCAACCAACGGAAUCACUCCGCUGUCGGUAGGAUGCCGUCGGGAGGCAGCGCCUCGCGCCAACGCAGCACCACCGGCGCCAUCGAGGAAACCUUCAGCCUCUUACCGAGUAAGAGCCCUCCGGCUUUCGGCAUGAUCAUACGGCUUGCGCCUGACUUGGUGGAGGAGAUCAGGCGGGUUGAAGUACAAGGUGGGAUCGCGAAGAUCAAGUUCGAUGAGUUUUGUAACAAUACAAGUGGGAAUAUUAUUAAUGUAGGUGGAAAGGAGUUCAAGUUUACCUGGUCCCGGGAGCUGGGGGAUUUAUGUGAUAUAUAUGAAGAACGCCAGCAUAGUGAAGAUGGAGAUGGUGUGCUGAUUGAGGCCGGAUGUGCUUGGAGGAAAUUGAAUGUUCAGCGUACUCUUGAUGAGUCUACCACAAACCACAUGAAGAUGCGCUCAGUUGAAGCUGAACAAAGAACCAAAUCACGCAAGGCAAUCGUAUUAGACCCUGGGAAUCCAUCUUUGACGAAGAAGUUAGCUCUUGCUGAAGCAAAUCCAUGGAGAAUGUUAAAUAAGCAGAAGAAGGAGCCACCACCCAAAAGGCGGAAGGUUGACCCAGCCCCAGUUCCAAUGAGAGGUCCAAAGCUUGCUUUCAAACCAGGGGCUUCAAUCGCUGCCGGUAAAGGUAGACCCUCAGCUUCACCAGGACCAUCUCCUGUUAAUCAAUCCAACGCUUCACCUUCUCCAUAUGGAAUUGGGAACAUUGCUAAAAGUCGUACAACCACUGAAGAUGACCCACCAGUCCAGACGAAGGGCAAAGAAAACCCAAUUGUUAGUGAAAAGGAUUCAUCAACCAGGACAACUGAUGCAUUAGGGGACACAUCUGGAAAAAAAGCCAAUAAUGCUAAUAAACCUAUUGAUUUGCAGACGUUGGCAAUUAAUUUCCCAAAAGAUGCUCCGAUGAACUUGAAGGCAUUGGAGAAGGUUGUUGGAGAUAAAAUUCCUAAUGCUGCAAAGAAGAUUGAGCCAAUUUUGAAAAAAGUAGCAAAUUUCCAAGCUCCAGGAAGGUAUUUCUUAAAAUCAGGAGCCUAUUCAGACAGCUAUAAGAAACGUUCAUCUGGAAUGGGAAGCUCACCUGCAGACCCGCAAGUGUUGCCAAUCGCAGAGUGCGGUCAUGAUCAGUUACCUGUGUCAGGGGUCGGAAAUGUGGGGAACUUUUCAGUUUGUGAGCCCAGUGGACAGUGUCAACAAGAUGUUGUGCCUGCACAUCCGGAAGGACAAUCAAGUUCACCAGAAAAUGUUGACAUUGAACGCCUUUCACCUCGUAUUCUUGGUGAUGAAAAGUCAGCUGAGAAUAGAGAAGGCCAGGUUGGUAGUUCUAGUGAUUCUGGAAGUAGUGACAGUGAAAAUAACAGUGGGAGCAGCAGUGAUAGUGAGGCUUCUUCCAACAGUAAGGAGGGUUCAGAUGAGGAUGUGGAUAUCAUGAGUGAUGAUGACAGAGAGCCCCAGCAUACAACAGAGUCAGAACUCGGGUUGCCUGCAUCAACUUUCCCAUGUCAAACUGAUGGUUCUGGGAUUGUUCACAACGAACCUGCUGAAAAACAAGAGGGUGGUGGAUUCAAUGCUGUUGACAUUGACAGACACGAGUCUGAUGCCAUUGACAUCAAAGGUCACAGCUUUGACGAGGGUCAUGGUUCUGAUUGUGUGAGAAACUUUUACCCUGAAAAUAACUGGAUUACGGAAUCCUCUGCUGAUCUCAGUCCUGCAAAUGAAGAUGGCAGGAAUUCGGGGCGGGGACCUUUUUCUUCUGCUCAUGACAAGAUGCGAGUGUGCCACAACUUUAUAGGAAGGUUUGAUGACACAGAGAAUUUAGUGAAGAAAGGAGAAACAUCUUUUGAUGAAGAAGACUCCACUUAUUUGAAGUACGAGAAGGAUUCUCCUGAUCUAAAGGGACCUAUUAGUGGUUAUUCUCAGUAUAAAGCCUACAUACAGGAAUAUCAUGAUAAGUAUGAUAGCUACCGCUCCCUUAGCGAGAUAAUAGAAAAAUACAGAAAUGAAUUUCAGAAAAUGGGAGAAGGCCUUGAAUUUGCAAAAGACACGGAUGUGGAGAGGUAUAACAGAAUUUUGCAACAGUUGAAGGAAUCUUAUCACAAAAAUGGGGAGAGGCACAAGCGUUUGAAGAAAAUAUUUAUCGUUCUCCAUGAAGAACUAAAGCAUCUAAAGCAAAUAAUGAAAGAAUACGCGUAUUCUCAUGGAAAGGAUUGCAGCGAACAAAGACGAGAGAGGUCGAAACUCGGGUCCUGAAUGGAUAUCACGAGGGUAAGACCGGGUCCUAGCUAGGAUACAUUGACAUCACUUCCUUUCUUAUCCUACCGCUAAAAGUCUGACUUCCAUGGGCAUGGAGAUCAUUCUAUUGAUAUAUAAGGGCCGUAUAGCUCCUUAAAAUGAGACACUGCGGAAAGCCCCUACCCAUGGAGGAUAGCCAUGUUCAUAUACUCACUGAUGGCGAGGACAACUAAGACUCCAUUGGAGAUUUUAAGGUACCUCUUGAGAUAUUUCAUUCACUGUGGAUAGCGCAUUCGAGUUCAUGAACAACAUGGAGAGGGCGAGGGAAGAAAGGUAGGGUCCGAUCCCAUAUCCCCCGGGGUUCCGGCUGGUGUGGAUAAUAUAAUGUUGUCUAACAUACUAUGAAUUCAUAUUCCCAAUUUUGGUGUUUUGUAGGGAAGGAAUUCUUCUUCUUCGAGAAUAUAUUCGGAUUCAAUUGAUAAAAUUAUUUAACUU